AUGUACGAUUUUAUGGAACAUUGCCUCCGUUGUUACUAUCGUCAAAGCGGCUGGAACGAAGAAAAUCAGUACUCUAAUCUUUGCUCAUGGUCCCGAGCAUUACUCGACUUCUAUACUCCACAAGGACUGUCCCUGUACCUGUCCAAAUUACCGACACCACAAUUUAAACCGUCUUAUACAAUGAAUGCACUACCUUCACUCAAUGGCAGCAUUGGUUAUCUAUACACCUCCCGGUCACUGGACAUUGCCACCAGUGCCACAGUUGAUUUUCAGGACAUGGUCGAUCGGUUUCGGAUCGUAAAACCGGACGAUUUGACUUCACGAAAACAAGAAUCAGUAAAUCAUUAUCUACUGUAUGGACGCAUGUUUUUUCCAGGUGCACGAUUAGAAUCCAUGUACGUCCGAAGGAUAUCCGAUAAAAUGCAAUGUUUAAUAACAGCCGUCAAUAAUCCUCGAAUGCCCGGGUUACCAGAGGUCGCUAUGCAACUACAAUAUGACGUUGGCAAAUGGUGCUCGGAGUGUUCCUAUACAACGGACGAUGGGUUACUUGGACUACGUGCUCUAUACAACUUCGAUCAACCUGAAAGUGCAAUUCCCACUGGUCAAUGGGCGCUUGGUACAGAAAUAUAUUACGGAAUGCUAGAUAAAAGCGCAGGCUUAUCUACUGGUUUGCGGUAUCGGACAUUACCCUCCUUUGGAUCACCACCUAUCUGUUUUACGUAUACACUCAAUCCCGUCGUAGGACACAUGUCAACGGCCUAUGUAGCGCAGAUCUCCGAAGAGCUAGCAAUGUGCUCACGAUAUGAUUUCAGCAUUUACUCAUACGAAAGCGACCUUAGCUUUGGAUUUGAAUACCGCACCAAGAACAAGCAAGAUGAUGGAUUAACUCAAGUAAACAGUGACACUGAAAAAUUGCAAGGACUAAUCAAGGCGCGCAUAGGUUUUGCUGAGGGAUUGGCAUUAAUGUGGGAAGGACGAUUUAAAAACACUCUAUUUAGUGUUGGACUAACAGCUGAUCUGUCAAACCGGUCAAGCCCUAUCCGAACUAUCGGAAUAGAAAUGCAGUAUUUCGGAUAG